GUCCGCAGGAGGCCUUGAGCCGGGGUGAGCCCAGCACCGGCUAUGGUAGAUCUACACUAGACUAGGGUAGAUCUACCAGUAGAUCUGCAAUGUCAUGUGCUUGAUUACUGUAUGCUGGUUCACAUCCAUAUUGAUCUACCGGUAAGCUAUGUUGCUAAAGAUGUCGGAGUUGAUCACAGUUUUAGUGCUGGUCUACUCCGCUGGCGGUUUUCUGGCGCAGUCGGUUGCCCCAGGCUUGCACAAUCACAAGGAAGGAUAUGGCAGUGAACAGACAGACAGUUCGUUCUUGAAAAGUAAAAGUUACGGACACGCGCUGGGCGAAGUGGCAUCUUUGACAUCCCAGUUGCGCGAUGCAUUGAGCACCGGCGGACCGCAGUCACUACUCGACGUUCUGUUAGACCUAAGUAUGAGCUCAGGAAGAUCGUUCGGCGUGCCCAGAACUGAAAUGCACGAACUAGAUCUACCCUCGCAAACAAACACCAGAAGAUCCAGGUCUCAUCGAUCGGAAAGGAACACUCGGGAUCCGGGGAGCGGAGAAAGGCAGAGAAGACGCGGAGCCCCUACCAACUACGCUCAAGUGCAGGACAAUGGUGAGGAUGCUGAGGAAACAGGCAGUGGUGAGAACAGGUUGAGCAAGUUGCCUUCUCUUCUGGAGCCAUUUACUUCCGAACAGGCGGCUCGAGAAGGGGAAUUUGAUCUACUGAGGCCAGAUUCGGCGUUAUUCCGACCACUCAUGCUCCCCAGCGCCGUGGAGCGUAAAGACAACGAGUUCACUUUGACGUACCCUGCAUUGGAACUCCUCGCACUCGACAAUGACGAUCCACAUCGUAUCUUUCAUUACUCCUAUGAUGUAUCGCAAAACGAUGGGCAAACUUGGUGGCUGCAUCCAGCACUGCAUCUGCGGGAAUUACCGGCUGUAUGCCUGGACAUCAGCAGCAUCCGACCUGCUCUGGCCUUCAGCCACGCACGCCAACAAGUCUACCUGUUCGGUUUUGGCAGCCAUCCCAACUGCUCUUUGGUGCAAAGCUGGAAAAUUGUGGAAGAAAACUUCGAGUUGCUGAACGCUGUAGGGGGUGAGAAAGUGCCACGUCGAUUUCACACUCUAGUGGCCGUAGAUCAGGACUCGACGAAGCGCACGGAUCUCCUGGUGUUUGGUGGUAGAACUAGAUGUGCUAAUCGCACAAAGUAUGCACCACCGUGUCGCUAUGGUUGGGUAUAUUCUGACCAAGUAUGGAGACUGCGUAUAGUGAAUGCUGCUACUGGAGAACAGGAGGAGCAACCAGAGUGGGAACUGCUACAUCCACCAGGAAAUGCACAGGCCGUGAUGACAAAUGGGUCUCAUCAGGAAUCAGUGCGGCCACAAGGUAGAGUGUCACCGUUGGUUGUGUCGGUGAAUGAAACAACACUGUUGAUGUACAGCGGAACUACUCGAGUCCAAGGUGGAUACACGGCACUCUGUGAUUUGUGGAUGUUUGAAGUAGCUACACGGAAGUGGACAGAACUGCCCGCUCCGCCACAGCGCUGUCUGGAACAUGCCUGUAGCCGUUGUGUUCCUCAACGUCCUUUGGGGAGCUACGACAUGGAGAAUCAACAGCUGAUUGUCGUCCAAGAACGUAUCGUAGUGCGGGCUACCUUCUAUAUAUUGGAAGGACUUGAUGUGUGGGUAUUUGACAUGUCCAGCUUAUGCUGGUCUUUUCAUGGAUCCACACUGCGCAGUAAGCAGUCCAUAAUGAGGCAACGCUAUGUGAAGGGCAUUGAAAAGUAUACCCGGAUGGAGGUGACUGUGCACGAUCGUCGUGUGAUUGUCACGAAUGCAUUCUUCAUUCAAAGUGAAGAGCUUGUGUUCACAAUCAAGUCCGACAUGAAUCACACUUGUUCAUAUGGUAAUACUAGUGCUGUGACAACAUCCCCGGAGGCUGCUGUUGAUAUCAAUCCGCUUACAGCCCGGGAAGGUCAACUCUUUCAGUUUGGCGGGGAUUUCAGAUGUUUGCCACCUCCACCCGUGGAAGCUAUAUUGCACACAGCAAGACCUAAGUGGAAUGAGACGACUGCAUUGGUGUUACUUGGUGGCUUAUGCCCCGGUACUGAUCGUAAUAGUUGGGAGACUCGGUCACCAAGAUACAAGACUAUGCCAGUAUGGUUCUACCUGCCUAGUUCUGGUACCUACAUGAUGAAGAAAAUCCAACAACCUGGUACCAUGCCACCAUUUCUAGUCCUGCACUCUGUAGUGCAAUUGCACUCGCCGGGGAGCGUCAGUAAAGCUGUGGUGAUGGGAGGUGCACCAUGGCUACAUUGGAACGCCUCAUCUGACGUAUGGUGCUUUGACCUGCACAAGCACUACUGGCAAAACGCCAGCAUUGGCGAUAGGCACCUGGCGCCUUUACCUAGGGCACGGAUUAUCCUGGGACAAGCAGUAUUUACAGUGGCUGAAGACAGUGGAAUGCCAGUUCUAGUAGCAUAUGGUGGUGGACCCGCUGAUCAGGCUCUACCCCUUGGUGAAAUUUUUCUGACUGGAAAUAUCAGUGCUUUGGUCUUCACCAAUUUGUCUGCAUGUCACGGUCACUGGCGGAAGAUAAAGACCGGCAUAAAUGCUCUACCAAUAAUUGCUGGACAUACCGUACCAGUGACCCGAAGAAAUGAUAUAUAUGUGUACGGUGGAACGGUACAGAAAAAGCACAAGUGUGGCUACUUCUUUCGCCUGCACCUACACGACCUUGGCACAGACAGCAGAACGGCAUCAUGCAGUGCAAUACAACAUAGCGCACUGGCAUCAUUCCCAAAGAGAAACUUUGGACACACUCUGAAUGUCCUUUCAGAUCACGCUUUCCUGCUGCUUGGUGGCAUUCAAAUGGGUGCUAGCUACCCUUGUUUCAAUGCCUGUACUGCUCACUUCCUACAGUUCAACGACAGCAACCAAAAUGCCGUGGAUAUCCUGCCGUAUUUCAGACACGUGCCUGUUGUUUACCACCAAGUCUAUGAGAACUCAAUGCUUGGCGGGCUUUCAACAAGAAACACAGAUCUACUGAUGACGAAGAAAGAUACUCCGUUGUCAUACAUGUCAGCUUCAACAACUUGUACUGGACGGAUACGCACUCAACAAAAUUGUCCAAUUGGCUGGGGCAAUGGCGGUGACUUGACCAAGAAGUGUAGCCCAUGUCAGAACGGGUUCUACUCCGACACACUCUCAGACGUUUGUCGCCGCUGUCCUGGGUUCCAAUUGACAAACUUCACAGACAACCAGGAGUCAUGCUUUGCGCUGAAUCCAUGCGCAAACGAUCAUUGUCAUCGAGGCAAAUGCCUAGUGGUGAACGGAUCCGCUGUUUGUUCGUGCCCUGUGGGCUAUGUGCAGUAUGAUAACUGCCAGUUACCACUCAUCUUCAUUGCCGCUGCUGUUGGAUCUGCAGUUGUGUUUGCUGCAGCCUUGCUCACUACUAUCCGCGCAUGCAUGAAGACAAAGAAAGAAUCGCAGAACAAGGACAAGGAGUUGCAGUCCAUGGAGCAGCGUCUCAGUGACAUUGAGAAACUCCUGCGCGAACUAGCUCGCAGUCGUAUCAUUGAACGCCAUGAGAUCAGUCUGCUUCACCGCAUAGCGAAGACAGACACUUGCUAUAUCUGGCUGGCCAAAGUCUUCGACACCAAAGUAGUUGUCAAACUGCUACGAAACAUCAAGAUGGCAGAGACAAGAAAGGAGCAGUUCUAUCUGGAGGCAGAGGAGCUCCGACGUGUUCGACACCAAAAUGUGAUAAUGUUCCUGGGUGCCGGCACGGAUCCCAAGACGAAUCAGCCGUUCAUUGUGCUGGAGCAUGCUAGGAGAGGUUCACUGCAUGCAAUCCUCCACGAUCAUAGCAUCAGUGUUACGCCAGAUGACUCACUGCGCUUUGCCUUGCAGGCAGCACGGGGCAUGAAGUUUCUGCAUGGACUGGACCCUGCCCGCAUCCACUGUAAUCUGAAAACACCAAACCUGCUAGUGACGGAGAAAUGGGUGGUGAAAGUGGCUGAUUUUGGCAUGAUGGGUCUACUGUCCAGAGCAGAUGAGCAAGGUGGAACAUGUCAAGAUCGCAAUGAACUGUUGUCAGGAACUCAGGGAGCUCUCUUCCCCAAUCCCGAGGAAGAGAAUGAGAGUGAAGAGAGUCAAGCACUCCUGCUGAUAUCACCAGUAAAACGUAAGCAGCUUAACGGCAGCGGUGUGCUGGGACGAUACGUGGAAAGUGCAUGGAGCGCUCCGGAAACACUGACUGAUAUGAAGUUCAACUGUGCAACAGAUGUUUACAGCUAUGGCAUCGUCCUGUGGGAAAUAUUCAGUCGUCAGACGCCAUACCCUGGCACAUCUGAUUUCGCAGAAAUCCGCAGCCAAGUGAUUGCCGGCCGUCGACCUGACCUGCCAGCACGCAUGCCGUACGACUAUCGAACUCUGGUGGAGAAAUGCUGGCAUAAAGACGUACAGGAGAGACCAUCGUUCCAGACCAUCGUGAAAAGGCUGGAGGAUAUGUCCCUCAUGGAGUACUAGUAUUGAAGCCGAGAGAAGUGCAGUGCAGUGCAGUGCGGUACUGGCUGCCCAGAUUGACCGGUGCGAAGUAGGCCAGUGUGUACUGUUGAUAUGUCCAGUGUGCCUGAGGGAGCAGUAACGUAACACAGUUGCCAUCAACACUACGCGCUAUACUAGUACGAUGCUACUCCCUAGCUCUAUGGCCAUACCUGUGCUAUCCUGACUACAUCCUGACCUGAGUGACUAAGCAAACUGUACAGUUCUCGGAUACAAGUCUAUGCCACUCUUUCUUGCUUUUUCCUGUAUUCACCACAUUUCGUGAAAUUCAUUGGACUGAUUACAAAAUUAUGUUCCAUUUUCAUACUAAUUUUUCAUGCACUUGCCGGCUGCUUGUCCUCUUGCAACCACCUACAUGGAAUUCCUGUUGAUGCAUCAGUUUAUCAGUUUUUGACAGCCAAUCAUUGUAUCGUGCAUACGAGUUUUCUCAUUCCCAACUUCAGAUCCUACUUCUCUC